GACGCACUCCCGUAUAUGCGGCCACAUAGCCCUCGGAGGCAUCAAAUGGUGAAUAAUCCACGCCAUGUUUGUUUUUAGAAUUCGGCGUUUCCUGGAUUUUUCCUGAGCAACAAUGACAGAUGUCACAUCAUCGAAGCGUCCUCGACGCAAACAAGCUGUGCCUCUUAAGUACGAAUUUAGUGAUGACUCUGACAAUACAGAUAAAAAUACAGAUAAAUCACUUUCAUUUGAACGUCCUCCCAAGAGAACCAUUUCUCCAUCAAAGCCUGAAAAUGCCGAGAACAAAGCUACUCCAGCAGAAGGAAGAAAAAGGAUACUCUUAAAAUUCAAGAUAAGAGAUAAUGGGAGCUCCUGCACUUACGUAGAACUUGCACCUCAGGAAGAUAAUGAGACAGAAAUUGAAAGGCCUAAAAGGCAUUCUGAUGCUUCUCAAGCUUCUGCUGUAGCACAAAAAGUGCCAAAGCGAACGUUGACGCCUCCCACUUCCAUGAAAAGAUAUCAGACAUUCCCAAAGUCCUUCAGAGCCGAAGCUGCGAGGCAUGCAGAAGCACACGGCAUGGAAAGCGCUGCAAAGCAUUUUGCCGUCUCUCUCAGCAAGAUCAAAUUGUGGAUGAAGUCCCGUACUGCACAGACCAUUCCUGCUAAGACUGAACAUACAGUUCCACAACGCCUGUCAGAUUCAUUACGAUUAAAAGCAGAACAGUCAAAGGAUACAUAUGCGCCAGCAUUCAAGCUGUUCACAAUACGGCUUGCACAGGAGAAGGGCACAAAAGAAGCUUCAUCGUUAUUGUCAUUAGACGAAGCGUCGGUGAGUGAUUGGUUGAGCAUGAAAGAAGAAAUUACGAGGAAAGCGAUAGAUGAUGGCUGUCCACAGUGGGAGACCGAUGUCUUUGUUGGAAUUCGAAGGGAUCUGAUGUCAGGACAUGAUGUCAGGGUCGAGGACCUUCUUGAGAGGGCAUGUACUUUAAAGAUGGAUGAAACCACUGUUGGGAUGGAGUGGAUGUGGCGGUGGUGUGCGAAAUUUAACGUACUUUUGAAGGAUCCCACAUCUCAAGGAGGGAUGUUGCAGAAGGAAGUCAGUAAAGUCACACAACUGCAGCUGCCAAUAGAAAUGACCAGUAUGGUGCCUGAACAUGAUAUUCAACUUCCAGCUAUACCCACUCACGAGAAAACUGUCUCGAAGAAGCACAAUGUACCUCGCGUAAGCAGAGGAUCUACGAAGAUAGACUGCGAUCUGUGGAAAUGGUGCAAAGCUCUGGAAAAAAAAGGGAAGAAGCUGACAAAGGCAAUUGUUUGUGCUCGAGCUCAGCAUUUGUUUGGCAAGCAUGGCUACAGUGCCUUUCGUGCUGGUGAUGGCUGGUAUCGAGCCUGGAAGAGCAGGUGUGAGAUCCUGAACGCAAGAGAAGCUUGUGAACCACAAACAGAGCCCUCCAAGGGUGACGAGAAUGUGCCUUCAACUUCUUCGGGGAAUAGUCAUCCAUUAAGCAAUGAUGAUGAAGCUGAGAUGAGCCUGCAAGCAGCACAUACUUCUGGUUCACCUCUCUGUUCUGGAAAAGAAGAGAGCAACAACCCAAUGAGCACUGCAUCAAACUCACCUUCCUGCCCUUCCCAAACAAGUGAAACAAGUGCAGGGCAAAUGUCGUACACAUCAGCGGAACAGCCUUAUGUUGAGCCCCUUGUCUUACUGAAUGACUGUGAUACCAGUUCUGGCCCAGACAGUGUGAAGUGUCAACUUGGAAGCAGUCAUCCACUUUAUACCCAAGAUCAUGAUCCAUUACCUGUCCACAGCAGCCUGUCUUUCUCUUCGUACUGGGGAGGUGCAAGUUUAAAUGCGAGUCACCAGCUCAAAGACGCACCACAGCAACAUUGUCACCCCAUUGCUUCAUUUCAUGAUAGCUUUUUAUCACACGGGUUCAGCUGCUCAGCCAUGGACCCGACACACAGUGGAGGUGUUACAUCUGUUCUUCAGUAUGAUGAUCACACUGCAAUAGGUGAUCACUACCAUCCAAGCGCUGGAGCCCAAAAGAAGAAGAAUGAGCGCUACGUACCUGAAUUCAAAUUACAAGUGGUUAAGCAUGCAUUGCAGACGACAUUCAAAAAGACUGCAGAGCGGUUUGGCGUUCAUCAUUCAACAGUUGCUGAGUGGUGCCGUGACAAAGAAAAGCUGGAACGCAUGUUUCCUGAAGAGAGAGGAACCCUGGCAAAGGGCUCUAAUGAGCAUCCUGCAUCACCCCCACCAGAAGUAGCCUUUUUAGAAUGGCUGCAAGAUUGCAACAUGAAAGGCCACAAGAUCGAACCCAGUCACGUUAAGGAAAAAGUGAAAGGGAUCAUUGAUCAUUUUGGUGAGGACAAGGUUGAAUCAACAUGCAGGUGGCUAUACAUAUGGCACAAAAAACGACUCGAGCUGCAGCAAAUGAUUGAGGAUAAUCUCAGUGACCUGUCUGAGUCUAAUGGCAAAGAAGCUCGCAUUGCAUUCCCUCCAGCCGUGAAGCUAGAAAUAGUUAGAGUAGCAGAGCGGCAGAAACUCACCGACACUGCGAAGUGCUUCCAAAUCGACCGCAACAGCCUAUCUGACUGGAGCAAGGCGCAAAUGAAGCUUAAAGCUAUGGCCAAAGAAGGAAAAGUGCGUAGAAAAGAAGUUUCAAAGAGUGCCAAGGCAUUGCAAGCUGAGAAAGAGGUGUUUGAGUGGUAUCAGCAAUGCCGCAAUAGUGGCUACAAGCCAGGGCCUCAAGAGGUCAGAGCUGUAGCAGCUGAGACCUAUCGCAAGUAUGGAGAUACGACAAUGAAGUGUAGUAUCGGCUGGUACUCACGUUGGUCAAGACGUUUUGGCAUACAGCUGAGGUAUGAGAAAGAUGAAGAAAUCCUGGAGUGGGUGCUGACUCAGUUGGAACAGAACCGCACAAUAACGCAUCACGAUAUUCAGCUGAGGGCCAUAGCAGCGCUUUCUCAAACCAGAAGUGGCUUCAAGUGCUCAGCAGGCUGGCCGAUACGCUUCUGCAAGAGGCACCAAGCUCUCCUGCAACAGCAGCCCAAACUAGACACACCACUCCCUUCGAUCCUAGAAGAUAAAGUGAACGCCUUUCGCCAUCAUAUCCAGCAGCUCCAAGAGCAACACAGCCUCACGAAUGCAGCAAUUGGGGCCAUGGAUGAGGUACCAUUAUAUUUCUCCUCCCCAGCUAGCGGAGGUGGAACUCUUCUCAUCAGAAGAUGUGGCCUUGAGACUGCUCAUGCCAUUGUCCUUCUUGCUUGCUUGGCCGACGGGGCAAUCUUACCACCUCUAGUCAUUCUCAAAGGUACAAAUUAUAACCAAAACACAAACUACGGUUUUGUUCUGCAUCAAGAUGAAAUGAAGGUGGAAGCGACCACCGUAGACUACUGGGCCACACACCUCUGGUCACGCUACGUGCCUUCCCCUAGCCUCCUCUUGCUCGACUGCUUUGAGCCACAUGUGUCAUUUGCAGCGUGUACAGAGGAUGUUAAAGUCGCAAUUGCUCCUGGAGGGUGUACUUCACAGGUGCACCCGGUUAUCGUGUGGUUGAGGUGCAAUUUCCAAACCCUGGUGCAAAAAUCGUGGCUUGAAAGUGGAUCGCCAAGAAACGUUCCAAGCCCACAAGAGGCACUGGACUGCAUAACACGUGCAUGGCAGCACCUACAGUGCAGCACAGCACAGGAUGCCAUAAGAAAGAGCUUCACUGUGACAGGAGCAGUUCUUGCUGCAGAUCACAGUGAAGACCACCUUAUUGGAAAGGCAGGGCUGUUGCCUGGCGUGGAUGAUGUGGACUCUUGCUUCUAGUUGUGACAAAUAAUAUAUGUUUCUGUACAGGAAAGGGGAAUAGAUAAUGCUUUGUUCUGUCCUAUAUGCAUGAUCAUCUGCCAACAUGCAGCCUAUGGAUGUGUAUGCAGAGCAAGUCAAGAUCCAGUACUUCAGUGUUUUAGUUUUGCAGAGGUGCUUGUAUUGUGAGCACAGUGUAUAUAGCAGAAGCAGACCCAUUCUUGCAUUCUAUGCAUUCUAUUCUAUUCGCAAAAUAUUGUUACUGUAUUUUUAUAAUUGAACUAGCAGCUAUCACAGCAGAAGACGUGCGUGAACAGUGUCUUUGUGUGUGUCUUCUGGUACACUAAUUUCUAGUUCAACUAUGCGUCACCAACUCGCCCAAGUUUCCAUUGUGUUUUUAUAGUUGCGUUGUACUUUAAUGCUGUUUUAUCCAUUUCAAAGAUUCCAGUGUUGGUGCUAAUUUCUAUUUUUCCAAUUUCCAUUUUUUGCUGUCGCGCAGGAUAGUCUUGGUAGGGCAGUGAAGUUUGCACAAAAUGGUUCGUGAUGCUCCUCCAGUGUGAUAUGCAGACAACCAGAGUGACUAUUGAACGGUCCAGUUUUACGAAAGCGUUUUGCCGUCUCAAAGAAUUUAUUUUAUUUUAUGGAAGCUCGAUAGUUCACAAUAAAUUAUGUCCGUGCGCA